AUGGCCAGUAAAGACACAGAGGACCCUGGGGUCGACCUUGAAGAAAGACGCCUGAUACGGCUCACGGAGAAAGCAUUAGAUAAUUUCACAGAGAAAGUGGAACGAUAUAAAAGCCAGCUGUCAGCAGAACAGCAUACAGUUGACAAUAUCAUUGCAAAGGUAGAUACAAGUUGUGAAAAUAGAGACCUAUUGAAGGACAUACAUUCCACAUUAUGUUUGAGCUACGCUCAGUACAAACUGAUGGUUAGAGACUAUGUGACAUUUCUGGAACAAUCACGUUCGUACGAAGGUCAGAGACUUAUUAGUGAAUAUAACGAGAUAGACAGUCAGUAUAAUAGACAUGUCGAGAAAGUGCUAAAGGACAUUGAACAUGCAAAGACAAUGUUAGAAGCCGAGGUCAAGUCAGUGAGAUCAAAUAGAUCAAAUACCUCAAACGCAUCAAAGGCAAUGAUAAAGGCAGAAGGAGCGAAGAGACGUGUUGCUUAUGCAGAGAAAGAGUUACUGUUAAGAAAGAAGGAAGCAGCACUUAGAGAGCAGGAGGCCAUGGCCGCAGCUAAGAUAGAGAGGGAGAUGUCGGAGAUUCAGGCAGAAUUGAAUACAUUGAAGGAACAAAGGGCCUGUGAAGAAGAAGAGACUGAAACAAAUCCGGGGUCUAUAAGUGUCCAUGAAAUCGCUGAGGUUCGACCCGAGGAAAGAACGAGAAUCUAUGUCGAAAGUGUUGCUGGGUCAGUGUCUCACCGUGAGUCCGAUGAACAAAUCCCGUCGCUUGCAACCGAACUGUCAAAAUUUCUGAUAAAGAAAGACCUACUGUUUAAUAGACUGUAUACCUUUAAUGAUGCUGCAGACAAAUACUUGAUGUGGAAAGAGGGCUUCAGCAAUGUAGUGAGUGAGUUGAAUGUCACAUGUGUAGAGGAACUAGAUUUAUUAGUGAAGUGGCUUGGCCCUCAAUCAAAGAAACAUGCUAUCAGCAUCAAAACGGCCUAUAUAAGCGACUCUCAGCAAGCCCUUGUUAAGGUCUGGAAGAGACUUGACGAGCGAUAUGGUGCUCCGGAAGUUAUUGAAAUGACCCUUAAACGUAAACUGUCAGAGUUCCCGAGAAUCACAACUAAAGAUCAGCACAAAUUAUAUGAUCUCAGUGACCUUUUGGCGGAGAUACAGGCUACCAAGCAGAGCCCCACGUAUAGUUCUGUGUUGGCGUACUUCGACUCAUCUACAGGCGUUAACCCCAUUCUCCAGAAGCUGCCAUACCACAUUCAGUCAAAAUGGACACAUAGAGCAAUCAAGUACAUGAAGAGAAAUGACGUUGUGUAUCCACCAUUCUCAGAGUUUGCAAUGUUUGUUUGUGACAUGAGUUCAAUGUUGAACAAUCCAAGCUUUGUUUACGAGCAAAACACACAAAACGACAGUAUUGGGAAAAAGGUCAAGAACUCUAGAGAUAGUGUCAACGAAGGACAAAGAAUCCGAAGUUAUAAAACAGAAGUGGCAGUGGCACCUACUGACAUGAAUACUUGCAGUUACCACAAUGUGGUUGGCCACAACCUAAAUGGAUGUAGGUCUAUCAUUAACAAGCCCUUUGGAGUCAGAAAAAAGUACUUUAGAGACAAUAAAUUAUGUUUCAAAUGUGGGUUGUCAACCAAUCACAGGGCAAAUUCAUGCCAGGAACGAGUGAUAUGCACUGUGUGUAACUUAAACAGCCAUCCAACAGCCCUACAUGCGCAUGGCGGGGAGGCUCGUUCAGCCGACAGUGGGAGUGGCGACAUUCGCUCUGCAUGCACAAAGAUCUGUGGUCGCAACAUCUCCAUGGGAAAAUCAUGUGCUAAGGUAGUUCUAGUGACAGUACAUAGCAUAAACAAUCCAGUCAAAAAGAAAAAGAUGUAUGCCCUCAUAGACGACCAAAGCAAUAGGUCGCUAGCUCGGCCCGAGUUCUUCAACUUAUUUGAAGAAGGAUACACUGAAGUGCCAUACAGGUUGUCAUCGUGUGCUGGCGUCACAAACACGACAGGUCGUAGGGCUGACUCUGAUAUGUUUGUCAUCAGUAGUUUUGAUGGUUCAUCCUCACUGAAUCUGCCAUCCCUGACUGAAUGCAAUCAGAUCCCAGAUAUGAGAGAUGAGAUCCCAACGCCAGACAGCGCACUUUACCAUUCACAUCUAGAAGACAUUUCGGCUCAUAUACCCGAAGUCGAUCCAUCAGCAGAGAUUUUGCUUCUAUUGGGGAGGGACUUGCCAGAGGCCCACCACGUACUUGAACAGAGGACUGGUCCGAGAGGUUCACCGUAUGCACAGAAGUUAAGUCUAGGCUGGGUUGUGAUUGGCGAGACAUGUUUAGGCAAGGUUCACCAGCCGACCAUCACUGUGAAGAAGACAUUCGUACACAUAGACGGGAGAAGUUCUGUGUUUCCAGAGUGCCAAAAUAAGCUGAUAGUCAAAGACGUUGGUAGACAUUUGAAUGACAACUUGGACAGCGAUGAGGAAUCACAAGUAUUCCUAGUGACUGAUAGAGAUGAGAAAAUAGGCACGUCUAUUGAAGAUAAGGAAUUUCUAGGAAUCAUGGACAGUGGGUUCAAGAAAAACAGUAAAGGCAGUUGGACUGCACCUUUGUCAUUCAAAUCUUCUAGAACAAGGUUGCCAAACAAUAGGAACAUGGUGCUGAACAGAAUGAACCGCUUGGUUGACAAUUUGAGAAAGAAUGAAACAAAGCAACGUCAUUUUAUGCAGUUUAUGCAGGGAAUGAUAGACAAUGGCCAUGCUCAAGUAGCAGCUCCAGUAAUGACGGACACUGAAUGCUGGUAUCUACCUAUAUUUGGUAUAUACCACCCUAAGAAAGUUGAUCAGAUUCGAGUGGUCUUUGACUCUUCAGCCACAUAUAUGGGUCAAUCACUGAACAGAGUGCUAAUGACUGGACCAGACUUACAUAAUAGCUUGCUUGGUGUCCUUAUGAGAUUUAGAAGAGAGCCCGUUGCAGUUUCUGCCGACAUCCAACAGAUGUUCUACCAAUUCCAGGUUGAAGAGAAGGACCGUAACUACCUGAGGUUUUUUUGGUUCAAGGACAACAACCCUGAGUUGCCACUAGUAGAAUACAGAAUGUGUGUGCACGUGUUCGGGAACAGCCCGUCUCCUGCAAUAGCUACUUACGGGCUUCACAAGAGUGUACUGAUGGUGGAAGACACAUACGGGUCAGAUGUGGCUAAUUUUGUACUACAAGAUUUCUACGUUGAUGACGGUCUUGUUUCACUGCAGACUCCACAAGAGGCGAUAGACUUGAUGAAACGGACUCAACAGGCACUGGAUACUGGUGGAAAGUUGAAGCUACACAAGAUAUCAUCAAACAGCAGAGAGGUCAUGAAGGCUUUCCCGAAAGAAGAUCUGGCGAAAGAUCUAAAAGAUCUAGACUUGGGACAUGAGAAUCUCCCUGUACAGAGAAGUCUUGGAAUGAACUGGAACCUAGAUUCUGAUUAUUUCACGUUCACAAUUUCUGAAGAAAUCAAGCCAUGCACAAGACGCGGUAUUUUGUCUACACUGAACAGUCUUUUUGACCCUCUGGGAUUUAUCUCCCCUGUCGUAGUCCAUGGACGGAUCAUCAUGAGGGACCUGAUGUCGAAAUCUCCAGACUGGGAUGAGCCAUUGCCAGUCGACACUAGGGAUCAAUGGGUAAAAUGGUGCGAAUCAUUAAAACAUCUUGAGGACUUGAAAGUCCCACGAACUUACCUUGAAGGGUCACUUAGUGCUACAGUUGACCAACAGAUUCACAUAUUUUCGGAUGCAUCCGAGAAAGCAAUAGCUGCUGUCGCCUACCUUAAGACAAUAGAUGCAAAUGGAGACACGAGUGUUGUCUUCAUCAUAGGAAAAUCUAAGGUUUCACCCAAACACGGACAUACAAUUCCAAGGUUAGAGUUGUGUGCAGCGGUAUUAGCUGUAGAAUUAGCGGACAUCAUUUGUGAACACUUACACAUGCCAGUUGGACAAAUGAGAUUUUACACAGACAGUAGAGUGGUACUCGGAUACCUCCAUAACCGUGUGAGACGGUUCUAUGUGUACGUAGAAAACCGUGUCAGUAGAAUUCUAAAACUCUCGAGACCUGAUCAGUGGUGUUUUGUGCCUACUAAAGAAAACCCGGCGGACCUGGGUACGAGACCCACACCGGCAGAAACUCUUCAAGACAGCAUUUGGCUUUGCGGACCAAGUUUUCUUCUCACCGAGACACGCGACACAGAAGACAUGUACCAGCUUCACUCUCAAGCAGACGACCCAGAGAUACGUCCAGUCAUACAGUGCAUAAAAACAAAUAUUGUGUCUAAGACAUAUCUAAACACAAGAGGCUUUGAAACUUUCUCUCAGUGGAGUAGAUUGGUGAAUGCACUGGUGGUCUUGAAAAGAUUUGUGCGACGUGUUUAUAGGAAGCUACAUGGCGCCAGUGACUCCAUUGACAAUGAGCACGUUGAAAAUCAUGAGCUGAAAACAUUUGCCGAAAAAAUUGUGAUUCAAUCAGUCCAGAGAGAGGUGUAUUUCAAAGAAAUUGACUCUAUACAGAAUAACAGUCGAAUACCAAAAGACAGUUCAAUUGUAAGCUUAAAUCCAGUUAUAGACGAAGAAGGGACGUUGAGGGUCGGAGGGCGUCUUCGAAAUUCAGACUUGGGAGUUGUCGAAAAGUAUCCCAUUAUCCUUCCGGGUAAAGACCAUACUUCUAGAUUGGUAGUACAACAUUACCAUGAGAGGGUCAAACACCAGGGUCGACACUUUACAGAAGGUGCCAUUAGAGAAGCAGGGUUCUGGAUAACAGGAGCCAAGCGGCUUGUUAUGUCUGUCAUCCAUCAUUGUGUGAAAUGCCAACGACUUCGUGGAGGAUUGGGAUGUCAGAAGAUGGCUGAUCUGCCAACAGAUCGUUUGAGGCCAGGUCCUCCUUUCACGUCAGUUGGGCUUGACUGUUUCGGUCCAUGGCAAGUCGUGAGCAGACGUACGAGGGGCGGUCAAGCUGCAAACAAACGUUGGGCUGUUCUGUUUACCUGCCUUACAUCAAGAGCAGUCCAUAUCGAGGUAAUUGAGGAAUUGAGCAGUUCUUCUUUCAUCAAUGCUUUACGUAGAUUCACCAGUACCCGUGGCAAGGUCAAGGUAUAUCGUUCAGACAACGGGACCAACUUCAUGGGAGCGUUAGACGUUUUAGGCGUCAACUUCAAUGACAGUGUUAGAAGAUAUAUGGACCAGGAAGGUGCAGUGUGGAUUUUGAAUCCUCCUCAUUCAUCACACCGUGGAGGCGUAUGGGAACGAAUAAUCGGCGUCACGCGAAGAAUUCUUGAUUCGAUGUUGUUGGAUCUACCUGGAAACAGCCUUACACAUGAGGUUUUAACUACGUUCUUGGCGGAAUGGAAGCGGGUUCAAAUCCUGGCAGAACAGUUCUGGAAGCGGUGGAGGUCUGAGUUCCUUCAAACAUUGCAAGUGCGCAGAAAAUGGACAGCAGAGCAGAGAGAUCUUCAGUGUGGUGAUGUAGUGUUGUUGAGAGACAAGCAAGAACACAGAAAUUAUUGGCCUAUGGGUCUAGUGGUGCGGGCAGAACCCAGUAACGUCAGGACUGCGGAAGUGCGGACUGUUGGCAAAAAUGGGAAACCGACUACAUAUGUACGCCCAGUUAAUGAGAUGGUGCUGCUUGUUCCAUCUUAG